AUGCCUGUAGAGAUUUCGGUUCUUGUCGCCCUGAUCUAUGAGACGAGCAGCGGCGUCAUCGAUCGGUGCAAGGUAGCCAGGCAGUGCUCGCGAGAGGCAGCACGCAUCGCACUACGGACACUCAACAUCUUGGGACUGCUAGGGGCUUCUGUCAGGGGAUGCGCGGGCGGGUUCGUGCUCGAAAGAAAGCUAAUAGAGCUCCGUUGGGCGUUGGACGGGAUCGAACAGCUUGUCGAGCUCUGUAAACAGCCUGUGCGCUUCUCGGCAACGACGCUCCGCGCUUGUCGCACGAGGGCUACGAAGGAGGCCCUUCGUGGUGCUGAGGUGGAUCUGCAACGGAUAACGGCUGACUUGAGGCUCCCGCUACUCGCGGAGAUCAAGCUUCAGCUGGACGAGAUUGCCAACGAAACCGCCGUGGACUCGGUGCGGUCUACAGCUGGCAAUCAUCGUGACACAUCAUCGCCUGUGCUGCCGGAGGGCGGCGCGGAGGAAGACACUUUGGCCCAGGACAAAGCCAGGGACGCGAUCGAGCGAGGGAUGAAGGCGCGAACAAACGAAAGUACCGGCGGCGCCUCCGUAGAAGAAGUUAUACUCGACGAGCUUCUGGCCCUGUCGCCGCCACCUCCUGCGUUCAGUCCGCUCUCACAAGCGGCGGGGGGAUCCGUCUCGGGCAAUGUGGAUGGUAUCGGGCCAACCUCCCGACGAAUAGGUCGUAACGUUGGGAAUCUUCUUGAGCUGAAACGGGUCCGGUUCGAAGGCCUCGUCGAGGCGGUCCAUCUAGGGCAGGGAACCUUCGGCGAGGUCGUGGCUGGGAAGUAUUUCGGCAGAGCCGUAGCCAUCAAGAAGGCGCGGGCUACUGUCACGGCGGUCCAGACACUCGAGGGGUUCAGGAAAGAGGCGGAGAUGCAGUUCGUCAUGCAACACGACAACAUCGUAGAAUUGUUGGCGUUUAGCCUCGGUGAUGCUCUGCGCUCCCCUUGCCUGGUAAUGGAACGAAUGCAAGAGUCACUGUUCGGGCUGCUCAGCCAAACACUCACCAUCGGCUUCCCGGCAGCUCUAGGUAUCGUCCUCGACGUGUGCAAGGUUGUAACGAACAACCACAGUUGGGUCGGCCCUCCGAUUGGAGAGCUCCUGCUGCGUGCCCCGGACGCGAGGCUCUCCCUCGACGGCUCUUCCUCCGGCCCCGCCCCGCUCAUGCUGCGCAUGCAGCGCCUGCUCUACCGGUGUGGUUCCGCCCUCAGCCGGGAACGGCCAACCAUGAAGGAGAUCACUCCCGAGAUAGCGACCCUGUGCGGACUCGCCUCCGCAACGGGGAGCACCGCCACUCGCGGGAAGAUUUGGACAGCGGCGGUAGAGGAGCAGCCUCGGCAGCAGGAGACCCAGAAGCAGGCUGAAGCGGGCGCCGUUGUUGCCAUUCCAGGAGCUCUGGGAGCGGCGCCCGCCACAGCUGUGGCGGCUUCUUCGGCAGCCCGAAACGGGGCCUGGACAGAAAGGGGAUCAACCGGGAGUGGGAGCUGGCGUGAGAAGGCGGAGGACACGCCGAAGGUGGCUCUGUUGUCGCCGUACUUGUUUCCCGUGCGACGGAAGCAGGCCAGGUUUUCGGCAGCGGCGGCAGCGGCGGCAGCGGCGGCUCGGGGGGGGGACGUCCCGCCGGUCGGAUAUCAGGCACACGAUAGAGAGCAGCAGUCCCGGAGGAGCGGGCACCAAUCGGUCUCGAGUGCGGCCGGAUUCGACGGCAGUGGCCGCGCCGCCGUUCCGGAGACAGAAGAAGGGAUUUCUCACACGGCAAUCGAUUGGAGGCACCACCCCGCCGCCGCCGCCCCCGCCCCCGCCGCCGCCGCCGCCUUCACCUCCAACACUGCCAGGCAAGAAGGCCUUCCAGAUUGCGACAGAAGCAGACGUGCAACUGCAUCUUGCUCAAGCGGAGAAGGCGAUGACAGCGCCUCUGGCGGCAGCGCGGGAAGGCCGGGAUUCGUGCUGCGGGAGUGGCUGUCGAAAAAGCCGCCACCGGUGCGCUUCCCUCCAGCAGGAGGUGCCAACUCCGCCUACAGUAUACUGGCCACCAGCGGAGGUGGUUUCCAACGCCAAUACACGACCGGAGUCGAGGGCACCGACGGGAACGCAGUGACAACCAAGAGCGCUCUCGCUGGUCCUGCCGUUUUCUUCGGGCCCGCUCGGUACGUUUAUGGCGAGGAGACGGACGGCAGCGAUUGCGAUACCGACGCAGGAUCCGCCUUCGGUGAUGGUGGUAGUGAAGUGGUGGACCGCGGGGGGGCUGCUGCAGCCGUAGCAGGUCGGGGGGGAUCCGAGACAGCGCCGGGCGACGAUGUUGCGCAAUGGAAGCAUGUGCUGUUGUCCGACGCGGCGGCGGAGGACAUGUGGGGGAUACAGAUCCAGGACAGCGGCAACAAGGGAGGGGGUAUGUGGGCACACAGGGAGACAGACGCACGUGUUGGGGGAGAACAACAGCAUGGGCAGCGGGAGGAGCCGGGGUUAGAAGGGGGGUUAGAGGAGGGGGAUGUAGAGGAGGAAAUAGAAGCAGAGGAGGAGGAAAGGAAUAUUAUGACCGGGCACAAAGUCAUGGCUCCACCACCCGUAGCAGAACCGAACAAGCGGGGAAAGCACGACCGGGCCAUUCUGAUGGAGCUGUUUGACCGGUGCCACGGCCCCGCGUGGGUCGGCAGCGCCAACUGGGGCUCCGAGGAGCCGCUGUCGUCGUGGUACAACGUCGCCGUGGACAGGGGGGGGCACGUCCAGAGGCUAACUCUAUCCAGAAACAAGCUCUCCGGGGAAAUCCCGUCGGGACUGGGAAUGCUAGCCUUCCUCCGAGAUCUACAUCUUCACCGCAACUCGCUCAGAGGAAGCAUCCCUCCGUUCAUCGGAGGCUUGAGCUCGCUCACCUAUCUGGACCUCCACGGCAACAACCUCCGCGGAAACCUCCCGCUGCUGGAAAGCCUGCUCCUCGCCCAAAACAAACUCUCAGGCCCUAUCCCAGCGGAGAUGGGAAAUCUCAGCCGCAUUCGGUUCAUCUCCUUGCAGAAGAACCAACUCGCAGGCUCCAUACCGACCGAAUUCGGAGCCCUUCGAGCGCUAACAGAGCUGACGGUUGGAGGGAACCGGCUUACAGGUGCAAUCCCUCCCGAGCUUGGCAACCUCUCCAAGUUGGUGUUGCUGGAGCUAUACGACAACCAGCUCUCCGGAAGCAUUCCCGCAGAACUGGGAAACCUGACGCUUCUGGAGCACCUGGCUUUAGCCGAAAACGACCUACAAGUGGCCGUCUGA